GGUACAUCUGACACCUCGUCUUCUCACACAUCGUCGUCGUCCCCUUCAUCCUCACCUUCAACGCUCGGAGCGUUCUCUGCUCGGUCGGUCAAACAUGUGCCCUUCGAUGACGUCAUGAGACAGAUGCUCUCUCGGCACGGACAUAGAGGGCGUCAUUCAACUCAUGAGUUAUCGGUGGCUCUGAGGGGCAGUUGCAUUUAUCGAAUCACGACUUUGCGAGGAAGAGAAGGCCAGACUUUCGCGUUCUACGUCCGUACGAUGCGGCGAGAUGUGGUGCCGUACCGGGGGCUAGCUGCCGCUUUUUACAAGGAUCCGCCUAGUGAACGAAAGCUAUCGACUGGAGCUUGUGGGGAUAUAUAUUGAACCAAACUCUCGAAGCUGUUGAGCUAUUACAGCUAUCCUUACAAUCUUCAAAGUCAUCGCAUCUGAUACUACAGAAUCCAACAUGGGCGUGUCGUUUAAUCCUGAGAAGGAUAUUGGGAGCUUGGAGGGCAAGGUGAUUAUUGUCACUGGCGGCAACGCAGGCCUGGGCAAAGCAACAGUCUCCUACCUCGCCUCCCACAACCCCGCCAAAAUCUACCUCGCCGCCCGCACUGCCUCCAAAGCCGCCUCCGCGAUAAAAGACAUCCGCGCCUCGGUGCCCAAUGCCUGCGAAAUCGAGCACCUGCAGCUCGACCUCACGAGCUUCUCCUCCAUCGCCGAAGCGGCCGCCGUCUUCCAAAAGCAGGAGUCACGUCUCGACCUGCUCAUCAACAACGCCGGCGUCAUGGCCAACCCCUUCGACACGACAAAGGAAGGCUACGAGAUCCAAUUCGGCACAAACCACAUGGGCCACGCCCUCUUCACAAAGCUGCUCCUACCCACACUCCUCGCCACAGCCGAGAAGCCCGGCACAGACGUCCGCAUCGUAAACCUCAGCAGCGAAGGCCACAACCUUGCCGCCUCCCAGGGCCUCCUCUUCGACAACGCCGCCCUCGAGCAACAGGGCACGUGGCGCCGCUACGGCAACUCGAAGCUCAGCAACGUGCUGUUUACGCGCGAGCUCGCCGACCGCUACCCGCAGAUCACAUCCGUGUCUCUGCACCCUGGCGUCAUCUUCACAGACCUGUAUGUCAACAUGCGCGCGAAUAUUCUGCUGAAAAUCGGGCUUUUCCUCGCCGGCUUCUUGGCCCCGUUUCUGCCGGGCUUUUACAAGGAUUCAGAGGGUGGUGCGCUGAAUACGGCGUGGUGUGCGACGACGAGUAAGGAGAAUCUGGUUAAUGGCGCGUACUAUAAACCGGUGGGUGUGAAAAGUGCGGGGAGCAAGUUUGCGCAAGAUGCGGGUAUGCAGAAGAAAUUGGCGGAGUUUACGGAUGCGGAGUUGGCGAAACAUGGGUAUUGAGUGUGGGGGGAAUGAAUGAUCAAAGCAUCUACUUCACGAUGAUAUAUGGUUCAUAAUUUCGAAUCAGAAAGUGUUCAUAUCAACUACAAUCAUAACUUCGCCAAC